CGCAUCGGGGCGGGAUGCUGGGACAAGUGGUAGAGGCAGGUACGAGACCAGCAGCGACCAUACGAGUUGCCUCGCAUACUUUCGUUGGUCCCGUUGCUGUCAAUGCCGCAGCCACCGUCGUCGCGAUCGCGACGCCUCGUUGCCAAGCUAGGAUGGAUCCUUCUCGCGGUGAAUCAGCUUCACGGGACUGCCGAUGCCCUGUCGUCCCACAUCACGUGCGCGACAGUCAGCGCAUGCAUUUCCGUUGAUGGCACGAACUGCACAAAGAAUUGCCCGCCGUGCAUCACGCAAGCUCCAAGUGGAAUCUUGGCCUGUGUGUCGAGGGUUGCCGCAGAGUGCCCUGUCACGGCGUCCACGGCGUGUGAUGGUGUCGGAAUAUUUGCGCCCAACAACACUAUAGACACGUCGAUGCUUGAACCAACCAAUUCAUUGCCCACACUGCCUCCCCCGAUCGUCAACAAUGUUUCGUCCGUUUUGACCCCCGUGCCAGAAUCCUCGGCGCCGUCGACGUCGUCCAUCACGCCGUACCUCGCAAUCAGCGCUGGUGUAUCGUUUUUAGUGUUGUGCAUCAUGUUGGUUGUCCGACACAAGAGGGCGACGUCGCGGCAGUCCAUCGCAAGUCCUCUCGGUCGCACGCCGAAUGCCUCGGACAAGUUUAUGCCCCAUGCACCUUUGUCACUGGUUACGGUGCCGACGGCAGCAUCACAGAAAGGUCCGAGCCGCGCCUUUUUCGGCGACAAAACGUCCGCCGAAGGUGACCCCGACGUGCUGGGGUCGUCGGCAUCGUCGGUCACGUCGUUCCAGACGGCGUCGUCGGCGGGAUUUUCCCACAGCAUUUUCCAGCAGCAGCCCAAGCACCUGCUCAGUACUUCGUCGUCGCUGUCGAGCGUUUCCAGUGUAUUUCAUGUCGCCCCUUCGCCGCGUACCCACCCCCACGCCAAGCGCGUGACGUCGACUGUGGUGGAGCAUGAGGUCAUGAUGGACCCUUGGGACGACGACCCGAUGCAACACAAGCAGCGCCUGCGGGACGAAUCUGUUGUCAUGAUGGUCGAAGGCGACGAGGAAGACGACGUGUUCGACCAUGACGAGAACGCCAUGCGCACGACCACUGUGAUGGACAACGGACGGCUAUUCUCCGAGUGCUCGUCCCGAUUUUCCAUCCUAUCGGACUCGAACGACACCAAAAUAUAACUCGAAGUAGAACCAAAGCAACGUUAUUUACAACACUGGACUCUUGUGCCGUUCGAGCAGGUCGCGCAUAAGUUGUAUUAAGUCGAGUUGAUUCGCCUGUGCCGCGGUCGAGAGGGUGCUGACCACGCUCUCCACAGCCGUCACGUCGCCGAGCCCACUGGCCACCGAAUUUCCAUUCAUGUCC